AAACCCCAUCUAUCCCCUCCCACCUCCCACCACCAUCUCCACUCCAUCAGCUAGCUUAGCUCAGCUCAACCACAUCUCGAACUAACCAACUAAGCUAAAGCUAAGCUAGCUUCACCGUCAUCCUCCACUGACACAUGGGGAGCUUGGACGCCAACCCGGCCGCCGCCUACGCCGCGUUCGCCGCCGACGUCGAGCCCUUCCGCCCGCUCGACGCCGACGACGUCCGCUCCUACCUCCACAAGGCCGUCGACUUCGUCUACGACUACUACAAGUCGGUGGAGUCGCUCCCGGUGCUCCCUGGCGUCGAGCCGGGCUACCUCCUGCGGCUGCUGCAGUCGGCGCCGCCGUCGUCGUCGGCGCCGUUCGAUAUUGCUAUGAAGGAGCUCAGGGAGGCGGUUGUCCCCGGGAUGACCCACUGGGCGAGCCCGAAUUUCUUCGCGUUCUUUCCGGCGACGAAUAGCGCCGCCGCGAUCGCCGGUGAGCUCAUCGCGUCGGCGAUGAACACCGUCGGAUUCACGUGGCAGGCGGCGCCGGCGGCGACCGAGCUGGAGGUGCUCGCGCUGGAUUGGCUCGCGCAGCUGCUCGGGUUGCCGGCGAGUUUCAUGAACCGCACCGUCGCCGGUGGGCGCGGCACCGGCGGGGGCGUCAUUCUGGGGACCACCAGCGAGGCGAUGCUCGUCACGCUCGUCGCCGCGCGCGACGCCGCGCUGCGGCGGAGCGGGUCCAAUGGCGUGGCGGGCAUCACGCGGCUGACGGUGUACGCCGCCGACCAGACGCACUCCACGUUCUUCAAGGCGUGCCGCCUCGCCGGGUUCGAUCCGGCGAACAUCCGGUCGAUCCCCACCGGGGCCGAGACCGACUACGGCCUCGACCCGGCGAGGCUGCUGGAGGCGAUGCAGGCCGACGCCGACGCCGGGCUGGUGCCCACCUACGUGUGCGCCACGGUGGGAACCACGUCGUCCAACGCCGUCGACCCGGUGGGCGCCGUGGCCGACGUCGCGGCGAGGUUCGCGGCGUGGGUGCACGUCGACGCGGCGUACGCCGGCAGCGCGUGCAUCUGCCCGGAGUUCCGGCACCACCUCGACGGCGUGGAGCGUGUCGACUCCAUCAGCAUGAGCCCCCACAAGUGGCUGAUGACCUGCCUCGACUGCACCUGCCUCUACGUCCGCGACACCCACCGCCUCACCGGCUCCCUCGAGACCAACCCGGAGUACCUCAAGAACCACGCCAGCGACUCCGGCGAGGUCACCGACCUCAAGGACAUGCAGGUCGGCGUCGGCCGCCGCUUCCGGGGGCUCAAGCUCUGGAUGGUCAUGCGCACCUACGGCGCCGGCAAGCUGCAGGAGCACAUCCGGAGCGACGUCGCCAUGGCCAAGACGUUCGAGGACCUCGUCCGCGGCGACGACCGGUUCGAGGUCGUGGUGCCGAGGAACUUCGCGCUCGUCUGCUUCAGGAUCAGGCCGAGGAAAUCCGGCGCCGCCAUCGCCGCCGGCGAGGCGGAGGCCGAGAAGGCGAACCGCGAGCUGAUGGAGCGGCUGAACAAGACCGGAAAGGCUUACGUGGCGCACACGGUGGUCGGCGGCAGGUUCGUGCUGCGCUUCGCGGUGGGGUCGUCGCUGCAGGAGGAGCGGCACGUGCGAAGCGCGUGGGAGCUCAUCAAGAAGACGACCACCGAGAUCGUCGCCGACGCCGGAGAAGACAAGUAGAUCGAGCUCGACGGCGACAGUGUAAAGCCACUGUUAUUUGCUGUGUCGUGUCCGUUCGAUACAUGGAUUGAUUAAUUGUUUACUGGUCGCAGUUGGUAGAAGUAAUUAAUGGCGACAACGAGAGGUGCGUGGAAUAAUAAAUACUCUCUCCACGUAGGCAGUGUGUGUGUGUGAUUAUAUUCAUACUGUGCAUUCAAAAUUACUAUGGUCCAUCAUAUAAAUGUUGGGCUUUCAUCUUCUUCUUUUUUUUGGGUAAGGUUCUUUUUCUUUUUUGUUACUUGUAUACCAGCAAGAAACAUGUCAUAAGUCAUGUGUAGUACGGGUAAAAAGGAACAGGUGAUUUGUUUGGCCUUAAUUGUAUAUCAAACUUUUGAGUAAGCUGGUUGUUGGUGUGUUGAGCUAUAUAUGUACUGUUCCCUGAAAAAAAAAACACUAUACAUUUACAGUUGUACAA